AUGCCAGCCGCCGGCUUCUCUGUGUCCGGGCAGGAGGCAACGCAGUUCGAGGCGAAGAUCACGCCCAUCGUCAUUGUCUCCUGCCUCAUGGCCGCCACCGGCGGCCUCAUGUUCGGUUACGACGUUGGAGUAUCAGGUGAAGGAACCCCCUCCUCUCCCCUUCCAGUGACGAAUUUCGAUGUUUAAUCAAAUCUGACGCUCGCCAUGGCGAGCAGGUGGGGUGACGUCCAUGGACGACUUCCUGAAGAAGUUCUUCCCGGUGGUCUACCGCCGGAAGAUAGGGGCCGGCCUCGACAGUAGCAAUUACUGCAAGUACGACAACCAGGGCCUGCAGCUCUUCACCUCCUCGCUCUACCUCGCCGGGCUCACCGCAACCUUCUUCGCGUCCUACACCACAAGGCAGCUGGGCCGCCGGCCCACCAUGCUCAUCGCGGGGUUCUUCUUCAUCGUCGGCGUCGUUCUCAACGCCGCCGCUCAGGACCUCGCCAUGCUCAUCGCCGGCCGCAUCCUCCUUGGGUGCGGCGUCGGCUUCGCCAAUCAGGUUAGCCAAUAUAAUCGCCAUUAUUAUAUCUGAUUGCACAUUUACUACGCCAUCAUCCGCAAGCACACCCAUCAAGCAUCGUUUUCGACCAAAGUUAGAGGGAGAAAUGGCGUCAUAAACCCAAGAAAAGUCUGUCAUUAUCCGAAAAGGGGCCUCUCUCAUAUGCGAUCCCAGCUCGUCCAGAGAAGAUAGAGGCAGAAGACGACGAGACUGGGCCAUGCAAAGUCGCCCAUGAGAGCAUCCACAUUGAAUAGGAUAUCGACCGAAAUGGUCCAGAGCUCCAGGAGGGAUGAGAGAGACCACUGCCUCUGUGUGGAAAUCGUUGGUUCCAAUCUACAUAUCGCCUGAGGAAAUAGGCUAAUAUAUUCGUUAAACUCACCACCCAACGCUUCUCCUCCAUUCCCUUCGCGUCCUCACUACCCACCAUGUCUUGUCCGCCACUGCGGUGGACCCCUUGCUGCGCUUUCGAUUUCCUCUCUCUCUCUCUCUCUCUCUCUCUCGCUCUCGCUCUCGCUCUCUCGUUCUCUCGCCCUCUCUCUGAAAUUUUUGUAUACAUAUCUCAGUCAAUCUCAUCUCGCUAUCGCCCUAUCUGCGUCUCGCUUUCUACCUCUAGGUUGACUUCAGGUAAGCUGGGACGUAUGUGCUGCCGUCAUAUUUACAACGGGCUGAAAUACUGUCCGCAGGAUGAUCGUCCAUGCUCGGACGCAUCCCAUGUGUCCCGUCUAACCUGAAACCUCGAAAUGAUGCUCCGGGUGAGGGGUGCCGCAUCCGGAGACACAGCCAAAUGCCCAUGACGACUACAGAACAACUAGAAAACUAGCCCCGAGAAUCCAAGCCAGAUUACGAAACACGAUUGGUUCAUCCUUUUCCUAAGCUCGGUCUUGAGAUCAGAGAUAGGGUUGGAGGAUGGGGCAGUUCAUUAUCGCACAAUUAUUCCUAUGAUUUCAAGUCAAAUGAACAUGGUAUGGCCACAGAUUUUACGACACAAUUCAGCUCGUAUACUGAGCUUCUGUCAGCACCCACUGGAGAUGAAAGAAGAGAACGUGAUUCCUGGCUAUUUUUUCUCCUUGAAAAUCGGCUUUACUCGCACGGGUGUGGGCGCUGAGAGCUUCUAUCACAGGCGGUGCCGCUAUUUCUGUCGGAGGUCGCGCCCACUAGGAUCCGUGGAGGGCUCAACAUCCUGUUCCAGCUCAACGUCACCAUCGGCAUCCUCUUCGCCAGCCUUGUCAACUAUGGCACCGCCAAGUAAGUCCACAAACCUCAGUUCGGACGACUGUUUGCUCAUCUCUGGUUUGAGGUGGUGAUGGAGGAAAAUGGGCGAGAGCGCAGGAUCCGCGGCGGGUGGGGUUGGCGGCUGUCGCUGGGCCUUGCGGGGGUGCCGGCGCUGCUCCUCACGGUGGGCUCUCUGCUCGUCACGGAGACCCCCAACAGUCUCAUCGAGAGGGGCCGGCUGGAGGAAGGGAAAGCAGUGCUCCGCCGUAUUCGCGGCAUCACGAAUGUGGAACCCGAAUUCGAGGAGAUCCUUGAGGCCAGUCGCGCCGCCCAGCAGGUGAAGCACCCGUUCCGGAACCUGCUGCGCCGCCGCAACCGGCCACCGCUCGUCAUCGCCACACUCCUGCAGAUCUUCCAGCAGUUGACGGGCAUCAACGCCAUCAUGUUCUACGCCCCCGUGCUAUUCAACACGCUGGGAUUCAAGAGCGACGCCUCCCUGUACUCCGCCGUCAUCACCGGCGCCGUGAACGUCCUCUCCACGGUCGUCUCCAUCUACUCCGUCGACAAGGUCGGCCGGCGGGCGCUGCUCCUCGAGGCCGGCGUGCAGAUGUUCCUCUCCCAGGUGGUGAUCGCGGUGGUGCUGGGGGUGAAGGUGACAGACGUGAGGAAUGACCUCGGCAAGGGGUGGGCGGUGCUGGUGGUGGUGAUGGUCUGCACCUUCGUAUCGUCCUUCGCCUGGUCUUGGGGCCCGCUGGGGUGGCUCAUCCCCAGCGAGACCUUCCCGCUCGAGACCCGGUCGGCGGGGCAGAGCGUGACGGUCUGCGUGAACCUGCUCUUCACCUUCGUCAUCGCGCAGGCCUUCCUCUCCAUGCUGUGCCACUUCAAGUUCGGCAUCUUCGUAUUCUUCUCCGGCUGGGUCGUCGUCAUGUCCACCUUCGUCCUCUUCUUCCUCCCGGAGACCAAGAACGUGCCCAUCGAGGAGAUGGCCGAUCGGGUCUGGCGCCAGCACUGGUUCUGGAAGCGGUACCUGGAGGACGACGUGGAGAAAGACGACAUGGAGAAGGAAGGGAAAUGA